AUGGAGGCCUCAGGGUUUAAGGCGCCCGAGGGGGGCUGGGGGUGGAUGAUUGUAGCAGGGUGUUUCUUGGCAAACAUCUGCACCCGCGCUGUCACCAGAUGUGUGUCCAUAUUCUUUGUAGAGUUCCAACAUCAAUUUGGAACGGAUUAUUCGUCUACAGCCUGGAUCCACAGUACCAUCGAUGGAAUCACAAUGCUAUGUGCUCCUUUGGGGGGUUUCCUGGGUAACCACUUCUCAUGCAGGUCUAUAGUGAUGGUGGGGGGCCUCCUGUCCUCCACUGGGAUGGUGCUCAGCUCGUUUGCCACCAGUCUGGCUUAUUUGUAUAUUACCAUGGGCCUUAUUACAGGGCUUGGGUUUGCUUUGUGUUACACACCAACCGUGGCAAUGGUGGGCAACUACUUCCAUGAGAGAAAAGCAUUGGCGUAUGGCAUUGGCCUGUCAGGUAGUGGCAUAGGGACAUUCAUUCUUGCUCCUGCCGUGCAGUUGUUGAUCGAGCUGUACUCGUGGAGGGGGGCCCUGCUGGUGCUGGGGGGGUUUGUGGCCAACCUGUGUGUGUGUGGGGCCCUGCUGAGGCCCAUCAACUCAAAAUCUAAAGCAGAUGACAGGACAUGGGAAAGCAAGAUGACUGCACAGAAGGACUACAUGACACCCACAAUCGAGUCAAAAAACACUGAUAUGAUGUCAUCAGACCUUACUAAGGAUGAGUUAGCUCAACUUGAGUUAAAUUCCUCAAAGACAAUUAAAAAUGAGACCGUGGAGAGUCUGAACCUAAAAAACAAGAACUCCAAUAAGAACGUUUUAGCUGGUGGCACUGGCCUCACAUGCAGGGUGAGCCUCAAACCCUGUGGGCUCUGUUUGUGCCUGGAGUCACGGGAGGAGUUCAGUUCCCUGCUGCAGCCGGACUUUCUGAUCCUUCUGGUGUCGGUGCUGUUCAUGGCGUUUGGCUGCAGCACUCCUUUGGUCUACCUGGUCCCCUACGCGCUCAGUGAGGGCAUGGAGCACCAGAACGCAGCCUUCCUCAUGUCCAUAUUUGGAAUUAGCAACAUCGUGGGCAACAUCACAUUUGGAUGGAUCACCGACAGGCCAUUCCUAAAGAAAUACCUUCUGUUGAACUACACGUGUGCGUUGCUGAUGGAGGGUCUGUGCUGUAUGUUCAUGCCCUUCCUCUGCUCCUUCCCGACUCUCGCUAUGUGUGUGGUUCUCUAUGGGUAUUUCGAUGGAGCCUACGUGGCACUCAUCCCAGUGGUUGUCUCAGACGUGGUUGGACCCUCAUAUUUGACCCCUGCUUUGGGAGUUGUCUACUUUCUCCACGCCGUCCCGUACCUGGUCAGCCCACCGAUAGGAGGUCUGCUGGUGGAUAGCACAGGAACAUACACUUCCACCUUUCACCUCUGUGGGGCCUCCUUCAUGAUCUCAGCUGCAAUAUUAACAGCUGCAAUGGUAACCAAGAGGUGGCAGAGGGCCAAGUCCACUUCUGUUGUAUAA